AUGAAGAUUAUGAUUAUUUUACUGAUUAUGAGCCAGAGGCACCAGCUUUCAGAAGUCACAGAACGUGUCCCCACUACAACUACCACUCAUAAAGUUCCUGUAACCAGAGUUGUAACUACAGAAAGAACAAACUCGAAGGUUCAAAGCAUCAGGGAGAGGAUUGCUGCCAUGCUUGGGGCAAGUGGACUUGCAGGAAAGACUACAACUGAAGAAGUCCUGACCAUCUUGGAGGAGGUAACAGUGAAACCACUGCUGACAACUGACACAGCCACUCAGUCCACUGUUACAGUGACAGACAAUCCGGUUUUAAUGGUUCACACAGAUGAAGACUUUGAACCAACAGAAAUGCCACUUGAUGAAAUUCUAUCAACAAUAAUAGAAACUAUUGCAACAUCAGAGUUGCCACCGACUACCCAGGCACUGCAUUCCUCUCAACCAUCAGUCCCACAGACUACCCCAACUCCAGAAUCUCUUCCAUUUGUAUCAGUAUUUACAUCAAAUCCUGAAGUCUCGACCACGUCUAAGCCAGCAGCAAUUGAUGAAACUGAAAUUCCUUUCUCGCACACAACACCAAAAGUUUUAACAUCAACUGAACUGGAAGUAGAUGAAACAAAUCCUCCCUCAGGAACAGUCUCUGAAUUUACUGAUUCCACGGCUGCUGCACUUACAGCCGAGCAUACAGAAACUCCUGAAACGGUUGCAGACACUUCGAAGCACUCCACGACAGAAGACCCUCUUGUCGAAGAUUUAAUUGCACAACUAGUUGCUGAAGGAAUCAUUACAGAAGUUAACUCUAAAUCAGAUGUCACUGUACCAGAGGUGAAGGAAGAACCUCUACCUGAGGAAACUCUUCCUAAGGAAACUCUUAUUGAAGAAACUCUUAUUGAGGAAACGGGACCUACAGAUCUGGAAGUAACAAAUGUGGAGAAAAAUCCUGCAGCAGAAGUUCAACCAGUAAUUUCCUUAGAAACCCAAAUGCUUAACAAAUUUGAUAUAGACACCGAAAUAUCAGAAAAAGAACACGAAAUAAUAGCUGUCAAUCAGGCUGACAUCACUGGAAGCCUUACCAAGUCAAAUGAAAGUCAUACAAUCAUUCCCGUUGAUGAACAUGUAAUUAAGCCGACACUGGAUGUGAAUGAUGAAAGCAAGGUUAUGACAGAUCUUUUGCUUGAUCUUGAAGACCAAGCUGAAGUGGCUGGAGAUAAUCUUCAAGAACCUGAAAAACAAACUGAAAUCACAGAACAUUUUGUACAAAUGACUGAAAAUGUAGCUGAUAUCUCGACAGACUUCCAAAAUCAAACUGAUGCUCCUAAAGGACAAGAAGAUCAAGUUGAGGUUAUUGGAGAACCUGCACAAAGAUCUGAAGAUCUAGGAGAAGACACCUUAAGAUCUGGAGACCAGGCUGAUAUGAUGGCAAGUGUCACCGAAGAAGCCGAAGGUGAAGCUGAGGUUACAGAGGUUCCACAAGAACUAAUGAUUCAAGAUGAAAAUGAUCUUAAUCAAACCGCAUUUGUGAGUGAACCUUUGAAAGACCCUGAAUCUACGAAAGAGGCUAUUGAUGAUCUUGAUCCUAUUGAAGGCUUCACAGAUCUGCCAAUUGCCACUGAAGAAUUAGGACAAGUGGCUGAAGAGCAGAUUAGUUUCACGGAAACUAGUAUAGGAUCUGAAAAUCAAGAAGAGGUUACAGAAAUUCCUGCAGAAUUAAGUAGUGGUCAGCUGAGAGCAGGUGAUCAAGCUAUAGCAGCCGACACUAUGACGAUAGCAAAUGAACAACAAAUAUUGGGAAAUGAGCAUGAAAUGCUGAAUGAAAAUAUAACAGAAAUACCAGAAGAUAUAAUUACUACUGAAACUGUUACUCCUGAGGACCUAACAGAAACAGACGGAAAACAAACAACGUUAAUCGAAAACUUUGAAUCAACAACAGAAAAGUCAAUCGCCACUACAAGUCAAACACGGUUAACAGGAAGUCAGACAAGAACAACUCCACUUGCUGCAACUACCGAAUCAACUUUGCUGACAGAUGUUACAGAUAAUCCCACCACAUUCCAAACUACCGAAGAAAUAAUUGCAUCUGAACUGGAAACAGAUCCUUUCGUAACACUGUCUGAGGAUGCUGAAUUGACAGUAGAGUUACUUACAUCUACAGAUUUACCACCUUCUACAACAACGGAAAUUCCAACUACAUCUAGACUGCCUUCAUCCAUAAAAAUACCUGUAUUAUCAAACCGAACAACAACAACUAUAAAACCAUCCACAACAACUCAAAGAUCUCCAGGGUUUAAUCCAUCCAGUCCCCGGGUAUCAACUGUAAAAAUGUUGGAUACAACCACAAAAUUCCAGAAAGGCACCACAACAGAUUUACCACCGACCACAGUGCCUGAAAGUCAACUAGAGGAUUAUAUCACCACUAAUGAUGAUGCUCUUGAAACCCCACCUGCUGUUCACAUCACUGAGGUACCAGUGCUGCAGGAAACCACAACACCAGGAGAAAUAACACCAACAGAGGAGAACGAAGUUGACACUACACUUUCUAUGAAUCACUUACAUAUGCUGCUGCAUAGCUUUGGCAGUACUUCCAUUCGACCAGAACUUGCUGCAAUGAACCGUGUGUUAGAUUUUUCCCUCUCAUCUACAGAUCCAGUUGAACAGCUAGGACUGAACCACGAAGUUACUGGUAUUCAGAACUUUGAUUUUGACUAUGAUUUGGAAACUGCAUCUACUGAGCAAGUAAUUGUUACAACAAGCCUUCAGACUCCUACUUUCGCAGCACUGAGUUCUGAUAAUCGAAGAAUACCAAGUGAAGAAGACACUACUAGUACUCAGGGCAUCAUGCUAACAGAAACUAAUACACCAACUAUAUUGAAUAUGGAAGUGGCUGUAUUAACAGUCUCUGAACCAUACUCCAAAGUACAAAACUUCACUGAAGCCCCAGAAACUACCCAAAAGCCAAUGAGUACUUCAACUACAGAAAGUUCGACGGUGGAAAAUAUUCCUGAAACUACUACUGAAACAGUCAUUGAUCUAAUGGAAACUACCACCAUCCCUCCAGUUACAACCACAGAGAAAAUAGAAGUUCUUGAAAUAAAAGAACCAGUAAUAGCAAAUAACAAAUCAAAUAAUUCAGUUAAAACAUUAACAAAUCAACUCUCUACAACUGAGGGGACGACAACAGUUGAAGUCACUACUCCAACAACUUCCCCAGAAGAAAAAGAAUCCAAUGCUGAGACCAAUGAAGAAGUUUCAGUAGGCAAUACAGCUUUGUCAAGAGAAGAUAGAGAAAGACAGAGGCUUGCAUGGUUGAGGAAGAACAGUGGAAAAGAUGGAGAGCAGCCAAGGCCCAGGCAACUUCAAUCAACCCAAAGAAGGACCUCUGUCCCUCUUGGUAACAUCCGAUCAACUGCAGAGAGACCUGCAUCUUCUGCCACUGGAAGGAGGCUUAGUUUGAGUGAGUUAUUAAGUCAGAGAGCUUCCCCAACAGGAAAUACUGCAAAAACAAGUAACUCACAGAGGGAGAAUGAUAUACCAACAUCCACCUCCACUACAACUCGACCUCCAAGGGUUGAUUCACAAACAGUAAAAGUAGAUUUAGAACCUAUUGUUAUUAAAGAAACCCAACCUCAGCCCGUUACUGAACAAGCACCUAACCCUAAAAAUGGAGCGAAACAAAGUGAAGCACUAAGAAGGUUCUUAGAGUUAAACAAACAGAUGCUUAAAGCUUUGGCUGACAAGAAAACGGGUACUACUGAUGAGCCUACCACAACAUCAUCUCCUGAGCAAAGCAAUACAAGACCAAAGUUUACUACAAGGACGCCACCACGUCUUGACAAAUUCAGAGCCCUAACAGAAAGCACAGUGAAUUCAAAUGAUAAUGAAGAAUCGUCCACAACAAACGUUAUACCAAAGAACAGAGUAACAAACCCAGUGGCUUCUACUAGGGAAGACAAUACACUGGGAUUCCAGCCACGCCCUAGUACAUUCCUCAGACCUGUGGCUAGUCCAAAGCCCUCUGAAGCAUCUUCCAAUGACCGUCCUGUUCAAAGAGUCAGACCAGCAUUCAUUAGUCCUCCACCCUCAACUAGCUCUCGCAGUGACCCUCCUAGUCUUCCUGAGAGUAGAACUGAUAAUACAGCCACACGCACUAGAUCUCGACUCCCACCACCUAUUCGUCGUCCUCGUCCGAGCAUACCAGGAAGGAGGCCAGGUGGUCCCAUAGAGCAAAAUGUACCUCGUCCCUUAACAGCUCGUCCUACCCGCUUUGAAAAUCCCUCAGAAAAACAAAAUGAAAAAGUGGCACCUUUACUUAGUCAAGAAUCUGUCUCAGAAUCAGUUGCUGAGGCAGACAAGGAGCCAGUACAACCACCUAGGAGGUUUGGGUCUUCAACAUCAGCUCCAAGAAGAAAUCAAUUCACAACCCCUAGAGGACGCAGAAAAGGUUUUAGAAAGAGGGUACAAAAUAACAGGGUUAGCACACCAAGAAGGAGAAAGCCAACAGCCAUUCCAAGGUUUACAACGGAGUUUGAGGAAGUAACAACAAACAUACCUACAACUACAGUCCCAGAAUUUACAACACUUCCACAGGAAGAGGACGUAACCAUUUCAGGUUUUGAGCACACCACUCAGAACUUCUUUGACACAACAUUAAGAUCUGAUUUGGAGAGAACAACUUUUUCUCCAGAGGAAGAAACCACAUUACAAGAAUUCUCUUCUGUCACCUCUCGAGGAAGAGUUAGGUUUGAGAACAGGCACAGACCAACACCGCUUCCUAGAAUUACAGAGCGUCCUCGCCAUCGGUCAACCUUGGCAAGCAAAGUGGCUGCUUUCUCCAACAAUGAAGAUGCUACAGUCCAACCUGUCACACGACCUCUGAAACCUGAUACCCCAGAACCACCAAAACCUUCAUCCACAUUCAAACCUUUUGAAUUUGAAACUUCUGCUACUACAAUUUCUCCAACACGGUUUUUCACAGAAUCCCCCUCAGCUGGUGGAAUUUCCACCUUCACUGGCUUUGAUUUUGAUACAACACCUCCAACUACAUUUGCUGAAGAUUUUGAAGAAUCAACUCAGUCAUCUGCAGAUAGAUUUGUAAAUUCUCAAAACUUUGUCCACACUACCUUUUCUCCAUUUGGUGAUGAUAACCAAAAACAGUCAAUUUUCCCAAAGCUACAUCAGACAACAAGCAGCAGUCAUAUAUCAAGACCCUCACACAGCAGUGACUUAGAUGAAGCAUUCUUCGCAGAGGAAGACCCACCCUUCUUUAAUAGGAAAGAAUCGGAAACUUUCCCUCCUGUUUUCCCAAUAGCCACACCAUCAAAUCCCUUCUUUGGAGAAAUCCAGGAAACAGGAACUUUCCCGCCUGAUGACUUUUUCCACAAGGAAACGAAAGAAACUGAAACUUUCCCACCAGCCUUCCCAAUUACAACUCCAGAAAACCCUUUCUUCGGUGAAAUAAAAGAUGCAGAUGCAUUCCCACCAUCACUGACAAUCACACCACCAUCAAAUUCAUUCUUUGUCAAUGACCAGGAUACCACAACUUUUUCACCUAAUUUUGCAACAACUGUAAGGCCUAACUUUGAAUUUGACAAAAAACAAGAGGUAGAAACUACACUGCCUCCUUUCCAGACAACAGUCCCACCCAACACCGUCACACCUAGGAUAAUUGUUGUUGCUCUUCCAAUCCUGAAUCAGGCCCCUGCCUCUCCAAGCAAUAGUAAUCACUUACCACCAGUGUCUUCACCCCAGUCACCGGUUAGUGAAAGAGUGGUAUCUCCAGUAAAUCAAGAAUCCUCAUCUCCCUUCCCUGAUGUCAUUCCUCCUCAGACCGACAAGCCACUGGGACAUGUCCAGGUGACCUCAGAAGCAGGAUUUAUCCCUCGAGAAGUUCAUCGUCCUUCAACACUUGCAGGCGGAGUGAAGAUCACAGCAGAGCAAGGCUUCAUUCCAAGGGAUGUGGUACUGCAACCACCACCAUCACCGCCACCACAACCAGACCAAACACAUACAACUUUCACACUUCAAAAUGAUAAUGGCAGAUCUGGAACACUCCGUGGUUCUGGACAUAUUGAAUUUGUGAAUGAUCAUGAUGUUUCUAGUCAAGGUUCAUUUAGCAGCUCUCCAUCAACGACUACUCAGGCCGCCCCUGGAGCCGCGGUGGAUAACGACCCCGAUGACGACCACGUGCCUGGACUCGGCGGCGUCGAUUACCCGAUCCUUCAGGCGAUCCCCAAGACGUCGUUCAGGUGCACGAAGGAGAUGCGGCUCAGCGGCAGGAUGUUCGCGGAUCCUGAGACGGCGUGCCAGGUGUACCACGUCUGCAGCGGCCACCAAACCUUCUCUUUCCUGUGUCCUCGAGGAACCAUCUUCCACCAGGACACCUUCGUCUGCCAGUGGUGGUUCACCGUGGACUGCCAGGCGCAGGCACAGAAGCUGGCGCAGAUUCAGGCGCAGAAUGGGAGAUGAGGAGGCUGUAGAGAAGAGAGCGGCGUUAAAACUCUACGGGGCGUUCACUCCAACUUUUACCUCAGACGUGAGAGAGUGGUAAUCGGGGAGACUCAAGUAACUAUGUAAAUAAUUCGGAUGCUGAAAGGAGAUUGUUUCCGUUCUCUUUUGUGUUCAUAGUCGUUAAUGUACUUAAUGAGAAAGGAAGAUUUAGUGUGACGGGAGAAAUUUGAGAAAAUUUCUCAGGCUUUCCUGGUGAAAGAACUUUAAAAAUAUAAAACUUUACGCCAUAGGAAUUCGUUCAGUCUCUAUUCACAUUCAGUCCCUUUCCAAAGCCUUUAAGUUAAACUAUUCGAAAACACCCCGCAUAAACCAAGAGGUAUUUAUUUCCUGAUAAAAAGUGAAACAUAAGAAACAUCAGAAAAUCCGGAAAAUAGAUAUCUUCUUCUUCCCCCCCCCCCCCCUUUUCACUUCCUUCCUUCCACACACGCGUAAAUAUCGUGUUCCUGAUUUCCUACACAAAUAACUGUGCCGUAAAGUAUUACUAGGCUUAACCAAUGUGAUAAAGUAAGUGUUGAUUUCCCUUGAAUUGCAACAUUCAAGGAAGGAGAUGCUGUUGAUUUCAUUCUCUGUGUUUACCUUGAAUGUGGUAAGGCAGCGCAUGCGUCCGUUAAUCAUAAAAUCUGUAAAUAGUUUUUUCGUUUUAUAGUUUCUUUUAAGCGUAUCAUAUUUUUUUUUUUUUUUUUAUUAUUAAUCUGCACAAAGAGCGUUAAUCGGGAUUGGACAAAAAAGAAAAAUUGUUGGAUGAUAAUGGGAGAUUUUAGAAAUAAAUGUCAUAUAUACAUACACACACACACACACACACACACACACACACACACACACAUACACACACAUACACACACAUACAAACACAAACACACACACACAUAUAUAUGUAUAUAUGUAUAUAUCUAUAUGUAUACAUAUGCAUAUACGUGCACAUAUACACACGCACACACACACACACGCUCUCUUUUAAACCCAGUUCCCGAUCAGCGACCUUUCUGCAUGUGUCAUUGUACUAUGUACUUUUGUAAUAUAAUCGUAAAAUGCAAUAAAUGCUCAAUAAAU